UUAUUUCAGCUGCCUUUUCUUUUUGUGUUCUCUGUCUCUUUAAGACUCGGAUGUGUUCCUCCUGGAGGGCUGCCAUGUAAAAAUGAAAGUGAAAGCAAAGGGAAAAGUCACGGAGCUCAGGGUCUGUGCUGUGAAGGUCUGCUUUUAUAAACCAACAGAUAAUACAAAGACAGUUUUAAAAAGAUCUGCUCAUCAGUGAACUCAGGAUAAUACAAUCUGUGAUAGUAGAAAAACAAAGAAAAAAGUUAAAGCAGUCAUGAAGGUCCAGAAGGGAUGGAGCUGCUUUGUGUUCAUUGUGCUUCACAUGACAUGCGUCGCCUGGACACAGAUCUUUCAAGUUGUUGGACCUUCUUCCACUGUUCUUGUUCAUGCUGGUGAAGAUGUCAUCCUACCCACCUCACUGUCACCAGCUAUCAGUGCUCAGAGGUUUGAAGUCAGGUGGUUUCGAGAUGACUUUGACUUUCCAGUACUUUUAUACCAGAAUCUCAAAAUCAGACCUGAGCGUCAGAUGCAGGCCUAUAAGGGAAGGACAGCACUGUUCCUAGAAGAGCUCCAGAAUGGAAACGUGUCUCUGAGACUCCAAGAUGUCCGUGUUUCUGAUGGUGGCCUCUACACAUGUUUUGUGGACUCUGGACCAUGGAAUGAAGAAUUUCACAUCUCUCUGAAAGUUGAAGUUUUGGGUGGUCAGCCCUCCAUUUCCAUCAACUCUACAGAGGACCAGCAAACCAAACUUUACUGCACGGCUAACAAGUGGGGCACCAUACCAGACGUGACCUGGAGGGACAUGAAUGGAGUGGACAUGACGUCUGAGUCCAAUGUCACUGAAGACCGGGACAAUGAGAGAUUUCUCAGAGUCAGCAGCUUCAUCCCCAUCAAGCAGGAGUUCAACGUGUUCUCCUGUCUCAUGAGAAGUAAAGCGCCAAAGCCUGACUGGCAUUCAGUCCUUACUGUUUAUGUUUUCUCCCCAGGAGUCCCAAGCUGGUUGGUGGUCUUCUGGUUAUCGUUGUUUCUUUAUUUGGCUGUGGCAGAUUUGCUGAUAUUUCAAUGGAGGAGAAUGAGAGCCAUGAAGGUCCAGAAUGGAUGGAGCUGCUCUGUGUUCUUCCUACUCUACAUGACACACGUCACCUGGACACAGAACUUUGACAUCAUUGGACCUUCUACUGACAUGUUUGCUCUUCUUGGUGAAGAUGUCACCCUACCUGCCUCACUCUCACCACCUCUCAAUGCUCAGCCAUUUGAAGUGAUGUGGGUUCAAAAAGACUUGCAGUCUCUGGUACUUUUAUACCAGAACUUCCAAAUUAGAAAUGAAUAUCAGCUCCCGGCCUUUAAGGGGAGGACUGCACUUUUCCCAGAAGAACUCAUGAGCGGAAAUGUGUCUCUGAGACUCCAGGAUGUCCAUGUCUCUGAUGGUGGUCUCUACAGAUGUUUAGUGGCCUCUGGACAAUGGAAUGAGGAGACUCACAUCACUCUGAAUGUUGAAGUCGUGGGCACUCAGCCUUCCAUUUCCAUCAGCACUGCAGAGGACCAGCAGACCAGACUGGAGUGCAGCUCUGAGAAGUGGAGCUCUCGACCUGAAGUCACCUGGAGAGACAUGAACGGCAUAGAUGUGACCUCACAGUCCACCUUAACAGUACAACGGGAUGAUGAGGGUCUCCUCAGGGUGAGCAGCGUCAUCCCCAUCAAGUGGGAGUUCAACGUGUUCUCCUGUCUGAUGAGAAGUAACACAACCAGACCAGCCUAUCUGUCCAAAAUGGGGGUCUACGCUUUCUCCCCAAAAGUCUCUGGCUGGUCGGUGGUUUUCUGGUUAUUGAUGGCUCUUUGUGUCACAGCGUCUGUGCUGCUCAUAUUGAAAUGGCGAAGAAUGAGAGAUAAAAAAGCAACAUACAAGACCAAAGGAGACCAAAGAGAAGAUGAAACUCAACAAGUGAAGACAAUCUGACAGAAGUCACUCCUCUGUGAUCUCUGCUUAAAGUCAUCAAAGGAACGGCUGAACCUUCGCAAUCACUGCAGGCCCUUUGCAUAUCUUUUUUUUCUUUAUUUAUUAUUUAUUUUAAUGGCUAACACACAGACAAACACUUCAUUUUAAAAUGAUGACAUCCACACAAUGCUGGGCUGCAAUGGCUGCACAAAUGAUGCUACCCAACUGAAGCUCCACAGCACAAAUAAAACACACAAAUAAAGCUGUGGUGUGACUCCGAGUGCCAUUGCAUCUCCAUGGUGUGCCCAUGUCACACGUCACUAGAGCUGCACACUGGCCUGUUGUUAAAUUGAGUCCCACAGGUCCUCUGACUCCUGUCAUCUGCUGCAGUUUUCAAAUGAAUUCUCCAAAUAAACAAACAAUUCAAAGUAAUAUAAAGUCUGAUCAGGGAGGAUUUUAACUGAAGUGAACUGGACAGACACAGCGACAGGUUAGGCUGCUGUUUCCUCCAAGGGGUUUGAAGAAGAGAAGAACAUCAAGGCGGCUGCUGCUUUGGACUGCUUGUUUGUGGUGUUUUGGUACACAAAGACAUUUGGGC